AUGAGUUGGAAAGGUACUAGUAGAGCUUUGGGGAGGUUACCUCAACAUAUUCGCGCAAAAACUGGACUUGGAACUUCUACUCAAGAUACUGACUAUGAUGAUAUUCUCAAUCGUUUCGUGGAGUUGCAUAAUAAGACAGAACAGAUGUAUAAAGAUGCUGUUAAAUUUAGGGACGGUAUCUCAUUUAUUCUGAAUCAUCAGGCUAAUUUUUCCGAUAUUAUGGUAGAAUUAUAUAACCCUAUUGUGGGUAAGAAUGAAGCUGAAUCAACUACUCGUCGGAUUACAACUCCUGUUCAAUCUAUGAAUUCUAUUAAAGAAUUUCAAAUGACGAUGGUCGAAUUGAGAGAUAUUAUUUUACCUGAAUUGGAUCACGUGGAUAAUAUGGUAGUAUCACCUUCUAAGGACUUCAUGGACAUUAUUAAAAUGAUUAAGAAAACUAUUAUAAAACGGGAGCACAAAAAGGUGGAUUUUGACCGAUACACAACUAGUGUGAGAAAGCUUCAAGAAAAAAAGGAUAGAUCGUUGAGUGAGGGAAAGUCAUUGGUUAAGGCUCAAGAAAACCUUAGCAAGGCGACAGGAGAAUACGAAUAUUAUAAUGAAUUACUCAAGAAGGAAUUACCCGCAUUCUUUGAAUACAGGGCUCAAUUUAUUGAAUUAAUUAUCACAAAUUUUUAUAAUUUACAAUUAAAAAUUUACGGGAUUUUACAUGAAAAAAUGGAACUUUUAAUUAAUAAAACUGGCUACUUUGAUGUUCGGUCUGAUAUAUUAGAAAAUUAUAAUGAAAGGACAGUAGAAGUAAAUCAACAAAUGGAACAAUUAACUUUAUUACAUAGAUUUGACAAGAAAGGAUUGAAAAAAGAAAAUAGUGACACAAGUGACGGGACAGGGUAUUCUAGUAAAAAUUCCGCGUAUAAAUCAAAGAAUAACGAUAGUGAGGAUGAUGCGGAUGCGCCACCACCUUACUCAUCUAUAGCUACUCCUCCUGUAAAAAUGCCAACUGGACCAAGCUCUGCAGCUAGGUCCCCAUCAAAUCCAAAACUUUAUCCUAUUUAUAAUGCUCCUCCAUCUCUUCCUCCUCAUGGUUCAAAACCAAUUACCGUCCAGUAUGUAAGAGCUUUGUACGAUUAUGAUGCGCAAGCAGGAAGUGAUUUAUCAUUUAAAAAAGGUGAUAAGAUUGAGGUUAUUAAUCGAACAGCAAAUGUAAAUGAUUGGUGGAAAGGAAAAUUGAACAAUGUAAUUGGUGAUUUUCCAGGAAAUUACGUUGAAGAUUGGUGA